GCUUGGGUUAAUAUCGGCACAAGGCAAGGAAGUCAGCAGCCUCCAUUACUACUGUGGGCACAAGCGCUGCUAGGACUGGGUAUUGCCUGGCACUGAGCACAAUAGAUUAGAUAGAUAAAAGCAGCAGCAGAGCCAGUGCCUCUAAAAUAUCCCCCUGCUCUGUUUUUAAUUUCCCCCCACACUCACAUCAAGGGCUCUAAAUUGAAUCCCGUCCUGCUGAGCCCGUUGCCUACACCCCUUGCCGUUGCCCCUGCUGUUGUGCCAUGGCUUUUAAAAAGAGAGCGAGUCCAUCAACCUUCGCCAGUUCCGUUCUGGGAAGCCGCUGGCCAGUUCUGGCCCUUCAGGCCAUUUUCCUUGUGAGCUUCGUCACUUGCAAUGAUGCCCCACCGGUGCCUGACGACCAACUGCAGAUAGAGAAGCGCUCGGUGCCGGAUACCUGCCAGCGACAUGUCACAGAGGGAGACUUUGUGAGGUACCACUACCACGGAACCUUCCCCAAUGGGACUAAGUUUGACUCCAGUUACGACCGGGGCUCCACAUAUAAUGUAUUUGUGGGUAAGGGCCAAAUUAUAGCCGGGAUGGACAAAGCCCUGCUGGGGAUGUGUGUCAAUGAAAGACGAUUUGUAAAGAUCCCAUCCAGUCUUGCCUAUGGGAGCAAGGGAGUAGCGAACGUGAUCCCCCCAGACGCCAUUCUGCAUUUCGAUGUCCUGUUGCUGGAUAUCUGGAAUCCCACAGACACGGUUCAGGUGGAGACAUAUUAUAAACCAGACAACUGCUCUCGUAAAGUCGAAGUGUCCGACUUCAUCCGUUACCAUUACAAUGGGAGCCUGAUGGACGGCACCUUGUUUGACUCCAGUCACAAUCGAAUGCGAACCUACGACACGUACGUGGGAAUCGGCUGGCUCAUCCCUGGCAUGGAUACCGGUCUCUUGGGAAUGUGCGUUGGGGAAAAGCGACUGAUCACAGUUCCGCCGUUUCUUGGAUAUGGUCAAGAUGGUGAUGGUAAGGAUAUCCCUUCCCAGGCCUCCUUGCUAUUUGACGUGGUCUUAUUAGAUUUGCACAACCCCAAAGAUGGCAUCAGCGUGGAGACUCACUAUGUGCCCACAGACUGUGAGAGGAGAACUCAAGUUGGGGACUUCAUCAGAUAUCACUACAAUGGAUCCCUGUUGGACGGCACCUUCUUUGACUCCAGCUAUUCCCGCAAGCGCACGUAUGAUACCUACAUCGGAAAGGGGUAUGUGAUCGCCGGCAUGGAUGAAGGCUUACUUGGCCUUUGCACCGGAGAAAAGAAGACGGUGAUUAUUCCACCACAUCUCGGUUAUGGUGAAGAAGGGAGAGGGAAAAUCCCUGGGUCAGCCGUGUUGGUGUUUGAUAUCCACGUCAUUGACUUCCACAAUCCUCAGGACACUGUCAGCAUCGUCCCCCUGUUUAAACCCAACAACUGCUCCAUACUGAGCAAGAAGGGAGACUACCUAAAGUACCACUAUAAUGCCACUCUCAUGGACGGCACUGUGCUGGAUUCAACGCAUCAAUAUGGCAAAACGUAUAACAUUGUGCUGGGAUCAGGCCAAGUAGUAAUGGGGAUGGAUAUCGGCCUGCAGGACAUGUGUAUUGGAGAGAAACGGAACGUUAUUAUUCCUCCACACCUGGGCUACGGGGAGGCUGGAGUGGAGGGAGAAGUGCCUGGGAGUGCCGUUUUGGUCUUUGACAUUGAGCUUUUAGACUUGAUACCUGGACUUCCUGAUGGGUAUAUGUUUAUUUGGAAUGGGGAGAUAUCUUCCAGCCUUUUUGAAGAUAUUGACAAAGAUAAAAACGGGGAGAUCAUCUUGGAUGAGUUCUCUGAAUAUAUUCAUGUCCAGGUUACGGCUGGAAAAGGAAAACUAGCACCGGGGUUUGAUGCCAGCAAGAUUAUAGAGAACAUGUUUACUAACCAAGACCGAAAUCAAGAUGGCAAGAUCACAGAAGAGGAGUUCAAAUUGAAAGAACAAGAAGACAAAGAGAUACACGAUGAACUGUAAUAAAUUGUAGUGGAUUAUCUGAAAGGAUGUGAAUGGACUAUGGGAAAGAGAAUCUAGUGUACCAGUGCUUGUUUAUUGGAUUGAUUUUAAUGAAUUUUCACACUUGAAAAAAAAAAAGUCAGAAUAUGUUCCUCAGGGGAGGAGCUAAUUCAAUAUAUUUGCCAUAGACUGAAGGUAUCCAAGGUAAAGAAAGUAAAGAAUUGAUAUGAGCUUCUCCAUCCUAAUACCCUUUACUUCUCCUUGAUGGUCUCAGUAACAGUUAGUAAUUGGAUUAACAUUUGGGGGAAAAAAAGACAGACAGUGUUCCUUGGGGGUGUAACCAAUUUAGAAGGCGUCCAAAGAAAACAAACAUUAAUAUAUAAAUGUAUCUACCAUUCCUGCUGUUAUCUGAUAAUACAUGACCUUUUGCAAAAGUGCACAGCUGCUUAUUGGUUAGCAAAUCUAUAGUGCAAUGUUGGGGUCCUGAGUUCAAUUCCAAUCUGGGAGUCUGCAUUUUAUUCCCUUUGUCUGUGUUGGUUUUCACACUCAAAAAACAUACAGGCAGGUUAAUUGAUUACUGAUAAAAUUGUCUAUUUAGAACGUGAUAGGGAUCUUAGAUUGUAAGCUCCUCUAGUACAGAGACUGAGGUGAAUGAUGGACAAUCUCUAUUGUGCAGUAUAAAUGUGUUGGCACUUCAUAGACGGAGGAUGAUGAUGAUAAUGGAAAGUAAAUGACAUACAGAUUGUUUUAACCUGUACAUAUUUCAAUAAACAAGUCGGACAUUGCUAUUUUAA